AAGCUAAUGCGAAACAGACCUUGAAACUAUUACUACUCGAACUUCACUCGCUGAUAACAAGACUUGCUUCUCUGAUCUGAAGCUGGGAAAUGGAUUCUCUGCGUCUAUUGCAUUUUGUCACUCCUACUCCAACUAGAAGAAACCAAUUCCAUCACUCUCAUUCUCAUCAUAAACUUGCACGACCACCGGGACUGUGCGCGACCACCACGUUCUUCAAUCCAAGGAUUUCGAUUCCGAUUCGCGGAAGAAUCGUUUGUGCUGUUUCCUCUACUCAAACCAGAGAAGAAGAGAGGGCAACGAAGAAGAGCAUGUUGAAUGUGAGGAUAGAUCACCAAGUUGAAUUUGGUGAGAAUAUUGUGAUUGUGGGGUCAAGUAAAGAAAUGGGCUCUUGGAAGAAGAAGGUUCCGAUGAAAUGGACGGAGAAUGGAUGGGUUUGUAAGUUGGAGCUGAAAGGGGGUGAGGUUGUUGAGUUUAAGUUUGCUAUUGCGAGCAAGGACAAUAGUUUGGUGUGGGAAAGUGGGGAUAACCGGGCUUUGAAGCUUCCCAGAGAAGGGAGUUUUGCGAUUGUUUGUCGAUGGGGUGCGACUGGGGAGGCUAUCAAUUUUUCGCCUUUGGAGCUAGAGCAGAAUGGAGAGGAAGCGGAGGACGUUGGCGAGAAUGGUUCUGCUGGUGCUGAUAUCACUUUGGAGGCGGGAACAAGUCCUUUUGUUGGGCAGUGGCAAGGGAAGGCUGCCUCUUUCAUGCGAUCGAAUGACCAUGGGAACAGGGGAAGUGAAAGAAGAUGGGACACGUCUGGUCUUCAGGGCUCGGUUUUAAAGUUAGUUGAAGGUGACUUGAAUGCAAGGAAUUGGCGGAGAAAGCUUGAAGUUGUGUGUGAGCUACUAGUUGGAAGUCUUCAGAGUAAGGACCGGUUGGAGGCUCUAAUAUACUCUGCUAUCUAUUUGAAGUGGAUAAACACAGGGCAAGUUCCUUGCUUUGAAGAUGGAGGUCAUCACCGGCCAAAUCGGCAUGCUGAAAUUUCCAGGCUUAUAUUCCAGGAAUUAGAACAGGUGUCUUCAAGGAGAGAUACUUCAGCCCAGGAAGUGCUUGUUAUUCGAAAAAUCCAUCCCUGUUUGCCAUCAUUCAAGGCAGAAUUCACAGCAUCUGUUCCUCUUACUCGGAUUAGAGAUAUUGCUCAUCGGGGCGACAUUCCUCAUGACCUUAAGCAAGAAAUCAAACAUACAAUACAAAACAAACUUCAUCGCAAUGCUGGCCCUGAAGAUUUAGUUGCUACUGAAGCAAUGCUCGCAAGAAUUACGAAGAACCCUGGGGAAUAUAGUGAAGCAUUUGUUGAACAAUUCAAAAUAUUCCAUCAUGAACUCAAAGAUUUCUUCAAUGCAGGAAGUCUUGCUGAACAACUUGUAUCAAUUAGAGAAUCCUUGGAUGAAAGGGGCUGUUCGGCUCUUACAUUAUUUAUGGAUUGCAAAAAGAAUUUGGAUUCUGCAGAAAAAUCACGCACUAUUUUUGAACUGAUCAAAACUAUGCAAUCCCUGAAUGCUCUGAGAGAUAUAAUUGUAAAAGGUCUUGAAAGUGGUAUCGGGAAUGAUGCUUCUGAUGCUGCAAUAGCUAUGCGUCAAAAGUGGCGUCUAUGUGAGAUUGGUCUUGAAGACUAUUCUUUUGUUCUUCUGAGCAGGUUUCUCAAUGCACUUGAAGCUAUGGGAGGGGCUAAAUGGCUUGCAGACAAUGUGGAGUCAAAGAAUAUAAGCUCUUGGAGUGACCCACUUGGUGCGCUGAUUGUUGGUGUUCAUCAACUUGCUUUAUCUGGUUGGAAACCAGAAGAAUGUGAAGCUAUUGGAGCCGAGCUUCUUGCCUGGAAAGAGAAAGGUCUCCUUGAAAAGGAAGGAAGUGAAGAUGGGAAGAUAAUUUGGGUACUAAGGCUUAAAGCUACUCUUGAUAGAGCAAGAAGGCUCACCGAGGAAUAUUCUGAAGCUCUUCUUCAAACAUUUCCAGAAAGAGUGCAGAUGCUUGGAAAAGCACUUGGAAUUCCUGAAAACAGUAUAAGGACGUAUACUGAAGCUGAGAUUCGUGCUGGGGUAAUUUUUCAGGUUUCAAAACUUUGUACCCUGCUUUUGAAAGCGGUUAGAAGUACCCUUGGUUCCCAUGGUUGGGAUAUUCUUGUUCCUGGAGCUGCUAGUGGCACAUUAGUACAGGUUGAGAGCAUUGUGCCUGGAUCAUUGCCAUCGACAAUAGAAGGACCUAUUGUUCUUGUGGUGAACAAAGCUGAUGGAGAUGAAGAGGUAACAGCUGCUGGCAGUAACAUAGUGGGAAUUAUACUUCUGCAAGAGCUGCCUCACUUAUCUCAUCUUGGUGUUAGGGCUCGUCAAGAGAGGGUUGUCUUUGUGACAUGCGAAGAUGAUGAUAAAGUUGCUGAUAUGCGAAAGCUUACUGGGAAAAAAGUGAGGUUGGAAGCUUCCUUGACUGGCGUAAAUCUAACUCUCUCUUCAUCAGAUGAUAUCGUUCCAGAAGAUCUUUCAGGCAACGGUUCAGCAACAGUUGAACCUCCUGGACCUCAUGAUCCAUUCUUGUCUGCUGUUAAAGCUCACUCCAAUAAGGGUGUUUCUGCUGGAGGUCUUAUACUACUUGCAGAUGCAGAUGCACAAACAUCAGGCGCAAAGGCUGCUGCUUGUGGUCGUUUAGCUUCUUUGACAGCAGCUUCGAAAAAGGUUUCCAGUGACCAAGGUGUGCUGGCUUCAUUUGAAGUUCCUAAGAGCAUGGUUAUACCUUUUGGUUCUAUGGAAUUGGCACUAGAGCAUAGCAAAUCUAUGGACACAUUCAUGUCAUUUCUAGAACAGAUAGAAACAGCUAGGCUGGAUGGGGGCGAACUUGACAAGCUAUGCUUUAAACUCCAGGAACUGAUCUCUUCCCUGCAGCUCCCAAAAGACACCAUUGAUGGAAUAGGUCGAAUGUUUCCAGACAAUGCAAGACUGAUUGUACGCUCAAGUGCCAAUGUUGAGGACUUGGCUGGAAUGUCAGCUGCUGGUCUUUAUGAAUCAAUUCCCAAUGUUAGCCCAUCAAAUCCAACUGCAUUUGCAAAUGCUGUUAGCCAAGUAUGGGCUUCAUUGUACACACGGAGAGCAGUUCUAAGCCGUAGAGCUGCUGGCGUGCCUCAGAAAGAUGCCACAAUGGCAGUUCUGGUGCAAGAAAUGCUUUCACCAGAUCUAUCAUUCGUGCUCCACACACUCAGCCCAACUGACCGUGACCAGAACUCUGUUGAAGCAGAGAUUGCCCCUGGGCUGGGUGAGACCCUAGCUUCUGGCACCAGAGGCACUCCAUGGCGCCUUUCAUGCGGGAAGUUUGAUGGGCACGUGAGAACACUGGCAUUUGCAAAUUUCAGCGAGGAGAUGCUGGUAUCCGGUGCAGGUCCUGCUGAUGGCGACGUAACCCGUUUGACUGUAGACUACAGCAAGAAACCAUUAACAGUUGAUCCAAUAUUCCGUCACCAACUGGGUCAGCGUCUCUGUUCUGUAGGCUUUUUCCUCGAAAGGGAGUUUGGCAGCCCACAGGAUGUGGAAGGAUGUGUGGUUGGAAAAGAUAUCUAUGUCGUUCAGACACGCCCACAACCUUAGUAAAGCUUCUCUUAUUCUGUAUUAAAGGUGAAGGGAGGGUUACUUCCCAACCGGGAACUUCGUAUCUUUGGCAAUGGUAAGCGUCGACUGUAGUAAGGCUUCUCCAUACACCGUUAUACAUUUCAUUGGGAGAGAGUAUAGCUCUAGUGGCUUGAAGGUAUGUGUAUUGUCCAUGGAUAUAAAGGUAUGUAGCACAAAUUAUGAGAGAAGGUUGUAGAAAUUAAUAAAAUAAAGACGAGAGAAAAUAAAAUUAAUGACCAAAUCAAAGAGUUUUAUGGUGUUGAGAAA